AUGCCCCUGUGGCAGCAGCUAAGCAGCCUUUAUGACCAGGCGGAAGGCAACAGCGAGGAGCAGCAGCAGCACUAUUUGCUGCUGCUGCAGCUGCUGCGCUGCCUCAGCACUUUGGCUGUGCCGCCUCCAGAGGAGUGGAUCAAGGCAAGCUCAGGCAGCAGCAGCAGCAGCAAUAGCAGCGGCAGCAGCAGCAGCAGCUUUGCAUUGUCAGUAGCAGCAGCACAGUCCCUUGCGCUCGCGGACCUCCAGCAGCAGCAAACUUAG